AUGGACGCUGGUGACCCGGUGACCCCUAGCGACGCCCAUUAUGUACCGCAGUCUCCUUCGCAACAGACACCUCGCAAGCUUCCAGACGAUCUGCCGACGUCCCUAGAUGACCGUCGCUCUUUUCCCGCUUAUGGCGAGGAAACCGAGAUAUAUGAUGGAUGGCAAGGCAAGCAGCCCUCACAGUAUAUCACGGCACCGACACCUGCAAGAACCCUGACCUUUGAUCUGCAUCUGGAUACUCCGGCCUACGACGAUGAGGAGACCUUUGCCCGCAUUCAGGACAGCGACUCGCGCCUGAUGGAAAUGGUGGCUGCUCAGGCGCAUCACAGGGAAGAUGGGAGUCCUGGGCAGGAUGAAGAUGCAAUUGCCACAGACGACAACCUAUCGGAUGAUGAGAAGAAAGAGAUUUUGCAGAAGAGCCUUAACAUGGCAGCAAGUAAUGGCGACGUCGCCCGCAUUCAGAAGCUGGUCGGAGGCAGGGCCAAGCAAUAUGUCGACGUCAACCAGCCUGAUGAGGAGGGCACAGUGCCGCUGAUAUAUGCUAGCUGUUUUGGACAUCACGAAGUUGUGGCCGCGCUUCUAAACGCUGGAGCCAUCGUGGACAAGCAGGAUCGCAAUCAGUGGAGCGCCUUGAUGUGGGCAAUGACCAAUCGACACAAGCAAAUUGCUAAGAUGCUGCUCGAUCACGGAGCGGACCCUGAUAUCAGGUCUUCGUCUGGGGGCACCGCACUCGACUUUGUCCAGCCCGGGUCCGACUUCUCGCAUUACCUACAUGAAAAUGGCUAUCACUUCGGGAUGUCGAGCUUGGGAGAUGACUUCUACAACUCGGGCUUCUCUCAGGAUCGAUUCGAAGAGGAGAUGGCAGAGAACGAGAUGAAACGACGAAUGUUGAUGCAAGAAAGUGCGGCUAACUUGGAGGUCGAUUUAUCCACCUUGGGGUUCGACGAACAACCAGAGUCACCCACCGAUCUUGAGGUCGACGAGGAAGAGUUCAUCUGGGACCGCUGCGUUGGCGACCAGAUGUUUGUGUUCCAAGCUGAUAAGCUGGAUGCUAUCUUUGACCUGAUCAUUACCAAUAUGACACCACAACGAUCUCCAUCGCAAAAGCCCAUACCGGCGAACCUGAUCUUUCUCAUGGCGCGAUAUGCCCAUUAUCACAUGACGGCGUCUCUGUUAGACGAUGUACUCACCAGAGCUAUGGAUCUCAUCAACGAUGUGAUCGAACGCUACCAGUGGGACAUGACCAUGUUGGCUUUCUGGAUAUCCAACGCGACCCUGCUGCUGCAUUACCUAAAGAAGGAUGCGGGUCUUGUGCAAGCCACAUCCAAAUACCAGCUGGAGCUUGCAGAGCUGAUCAACGAGACUUUCAUCCUCAUCAUCCGAGAUGCGGAAAGGAGAAUGAAUAAGGUUUUGGAUGUCGCAAUGUUGGACCACGAAACCAUACCUGGCUUGGACGACAUUGCUUUCCAGGGAGAAUGGAAGGUCUUCAAGUCCAAGCCUAAGACGAAGGACGAGCCGCCGGAGAAGCGCUUUCGACCUCCGUCGCCAAAACGACGAGCCCAAACGUCUCCGCGAAAUAUCACCUCCCUUCUCUCGUCGACGUUGUUUGUGCUUGACUUGUACGACGUCCAUUCUGUCAUCACAUCACAGAUCCUUUCUCAGCUGCUGUAUUGGAUUGGUGCCGAGUUAUUCAACCGGGUGAUGACCACGAAGAAAUACCUUUCGAGGACUAAGGCGAUGCAGAUUCGCAUGAAUGUAUCUGCCAUUGAAGACUGGGCGCGUACAAACAAUCGACAACCAGAACACUAUGAGCACGGCUCUACAAUAUCGACUGGAGAGAGUACGGUCGACGCGGCGCGACGGCAUCUAGCACCCAUCAUCCAGCUACUCCAGUGGCUGCAGUGUUUCAGUUCGCUGGGCGAGGACCAUGAAUCUCUGGUCGCAACGUUAGUCCAGCUCCAGCGUCUCACUCCGACACAGUUGAUCCAUGCCGUCAAGAAUUAUCGAGCUGAAGUCGGCGAAAAGAACCUACCCAAAGCACACAUGAAAUUCCUGACUCAGUUACAGAGAGGCGAACAGUCGUUGAUCAAGAGACCACUUACCCCCAUGGUCGAUGCACCAGAGUCGGGGACGACAACACCCGCAAGGAGGAACGGGACGCCAGCUCCAGCAAACAAAGAGCCGGGUACACCUCAGAACGCGUCGGCACCUACAAUAUCUUCACCAGUCGAGCAGGACACAGAUCCACCGAUGAAUCGGAAUGCCUUGACUUUGGACCAAUCUCUGAUGCUUCCCUUCUCGCUUCCCACCUCGACAGACAUGCUCAUUAGUUACGGAGCGGGCAUUGGGGGGACAAAUAGGGAGCGAGCGAGGAAAUACAUCCCAACUGUUCCGGCAGAAGUCCUCAGCAAGCUGAACCUGGACGGGGAUGAUCUUCGGCGGGAAGGGAGCAUCGGGAGCAUCGGGACCAUGGGGACCACGGCCCAGGGUUGGCGAAGCGGUACAUUUUGA